ACCCCCACCCCCGACCCCCUCCCUCCCCCCGCCCCUCCUAUAGCUGGAGCCAUGCAGUCGUUCAGCAGAGAGAGGAGCGGUUUCCAUGGCAACCAGCCCUGCUACCAGCAGGAGCACCAUGAAUUAUCACGCCUGGAGAGUUACCGACAACACCCCCACCACGGACAGACCAGGCAGGUCUACGAGGCGCACGCGCUGGCCACCGCUACAGGGAUGCCUCCAGCGGGACCAGGGGCCGGACCUGGACCAGCAAGCGGACCCAUACCUGGACCUAAGGACUGUUAUAGCCAGCAGGCAUACCCUGGAUACCCCCAGGGUAAUGGAGGUGGUGUGGGUGGUGGUGUGGGUGGUGGAGGAGGUUCGACGCCUCAUGAUAAGAAGGCUUACAGUGGGGGGAGCCAAGGACCUCCUCCCACUCCCCAGCAUAUGCAGGCGGGCGGCUACAGCAAUCACAUGGGCCCGGGGGGAUACCCGGCCCAGUAUAUGAGUGAGGGCCACCUCCAGCAGUCUAAGUGGGACGACCCAGCUCAGAUAGCUCAGUACGAGCAGGAGAUGGUAGGCAGGAUGGAGCCAGGUCCCCCUGGGUCCUCCCAGUAUCUGGACCAGAACAUGCUGGCUCACUCCCAGAGCCAGUGUCACCAGCCCCACCAGGCCUCUGCUCCGGUCUACACCAGCACACACCACCAGCCCCAUCCCGCAAACCCAGGCCAGUCCCCGUUGAUGUACCCCCAGAGCCACCUCCACUACCCCCAACAUCCCCCGUCCCCCUCGCCAUCCUCCUCCUCCUACAUGGAGAAGUGCAGCCCAAUGCCCCACUGUUACAAGGGAUAUAGUAUGCCGCCCAGCUCCCAGUACACUAGGCAGAUGGGCAGCCACAGUGGUCUGAAGCAGGGGGGAUACCGCCCGCCACCCCAGAACAGUUACAGCUACCAACAGACUCCCUCCAGGGGUGGCUACGAGCCCCAGCCCCCACUACAAGGCAUUCCCACUCCCCAGGAGACCCACCCCAAAUACCAACACUUCAGCCAGCCCCAGCAGAACUACUGUCUGUCAGAGCUGUCUGUCAGAUCCCCUGAGCAGUACUACCAGACAUGUAGUCCCGCCUCCAGCCACUCCCCUGCACGCUCUGUAGGCCGCUCGCCCUCCUACAGCUCCACCCCUUCCCCUUUGAUGACCAAUCCAGAGAGCUUCCAGUACAGCCAGCCACCAAUGACCCCAGGGGCGGCUUCUUCGUCCUCCUCUUCCUCAGCGGGUCUGCAGGACCAGGGCUUGCUGAUGCCGCCGCGCUCCCACCCGUCCUCGUCCCCCAAUGUGGCCCACCCAACCCCGCAGCACAGCUACACACAGGGGGUUUCCAUGAAGGAGCGCUUCUCUGAGAAGCUGCUUGCCAACCCCAGCCUGUGGAGCCUGAAUGCCCUCACCUCUCAGGUGGAGAACAUCUCCAACAAUGUGCAGCAGCUGCUACUCUCCGAGGCCAUGGUUGCCAACAAGAAGGGGGCCAAGCGCAGCAUUGGGAGCAGUGGAGGCAGCUCCUCCAAGAAGGAAGAGGUUUACAAAGGAGUGCCAGGAGGCCCCGAGGGUCAGCAUGGUGGGGGUCCCAUGCAGGACCCCUACAGCACCAACCAGCACCAGCUCGUCCCCAUGGAGAUGCAGGAGGGGGGGUACUCCAGUAGUUCUGACGAGCAGCUGGAGAGGGGGUACUACUACUGCGGCCAGGGCAGGAGCCCAGCUCAGGCCCCCAACAGCACACACUUGGGCCUGGACACGGCCUCAUCCUGCUCCAUGACCUCUCCGGAUGACAUGUCCACCCGGUCUGGUGACUCUGUGUCCGGCCUGCAGAGCGUGGCUUCCAGGGACAACAUGACCCCUGACCCCAGGUCACAGGGGGGACACGAACCCCGACAAACCCCCAUGAAGAGCGUGGGGGAUGAGAGGUCCCCCGUGAGUGUGACGAUUCCCAGCCCCAUGAAGCAGGAGAGCCAGUCCCCUCCAGACAUCCAACGUCUUGGCUUGCCACUGAAGGAAAACUUUGAGGAGUUGGCCUGGACAGAGAAAAUAGCAGACUACGAGGAUGAUGGAGUGAAAAAGACCUCAGACAGCGAGAGUGACCGCAAAGGCAGCGAUAAUGUCACAGAUACCUCUGAGAAGCGGGAGAAAUGGCCAGAGGACGAGAAAGGCCCAGCGCUGUAUAGCAAGAUCAACAAAGCAGUGACCGAGGGAAAGAGCUACUGCUACAACGAGAACAUGUACCACAAGAUACAAAACAAAUAUGACCGAGGCAAAGGGGACUCGGCAGAUAAGUCCCCAAGCCUCUCAGACUCCAGCCACAAGGGAGACCUGGGCCAGGAGAUGAAAUCGGAGGCCUUCAAAUCCGAAUCUCCCACUGACUCUGAGAGCUCAGUGAAGACAUCCCCCUAUAUUUCCAGGGGUGACCUUGAUCAAGAUCAAUAUUUAACAGAGAAGGAAGACAGCUCGGAGAACACAUCCCUUACCCCGCGGGGCGAGGCUUUGGACCAGAGGCUCUCCGCCUCAGAGAAGAGAGAGAGCAGAGAAGAAGAGGAGGAGGAUGAGGAGGGGGAGGAGGAGAGAAACCAGAAGUCCAUAUCUUCUCCUCUGUCUGCUGAGGAGAGAGAGGGAGAAGAGAGUGAGAGCCUGCCAUCAACUGAGAAGGACCUCAACAAUAGAACGAGCCCACAGGAGGAGCCUUCUGGAGAACUGUGCAGCAGAAAAGAAGGCCAGAGCCUGGCUGAGCCUCAGCCUUACAGUAACACAGAGUCUGCAGAGACAGAAAGCCAAGCAGCACAACCGGAUGCAACAGCAGCAGCAGCAGAAUCCCCAGAAAGUGGGUCAGCCAUUUGUGACACUCCACCUCAGUCUCACUCAGCCAUGAUGGUUUUCUCAGCUCUCAGCGAGAUAGCAACACCUCCAGCUCCGUCUCACACCAGGGACCAUAUUGAUCACAGCGAUUCCAACGUGCUGGAGCCUGACUCCCCUCAGCUGCCGGGGAAGUCCAUACUGCACUCAGCGCCCUCCUGGGCCAACACCCCACCAUCGCCAAAGAAAGGUGAUGAGGACAUGGAGCCGGGCAUCAGCUGCCCAAGCGCUGUGACCCCCUCAGCCAAGCCAGAACCCAUGGCCCCAUCUGCACACCCGCAGGCUUUCGGCCGGAAGCACGGCCGAGGCAGGAGGAGACUGAUGCACUCAGGUGUGGAAUUCAGGAGACAGCUGAGUGUGGAGAGAGAGGGGGAGAGUGCCCCCUCGCCACCGCAGAAACCCCGCAUGCCCUCCAGCAAGAGUGCUCUGUUCUCCGAUCAGCUAGACAUGGCCGCUCACCAGGACAUAAUCACAACGAGCGAGACACCCAAACUGCUUGCUGAGGGCUCCCGCUCCAGAAUGUGCACUCGCUCAUUCAACGCGCAGGACACUCCUCCUAAGGAUCCCCAGCCCCCUGAAAGACGGAAACCAGGGCGGAAACCAGGUUCGAAACCAGGCCCAAAACCAGGCCCGAAGUCAGGGUUAAAACCAGGGCCUAAACCAGGACUAAAACCAGGGCCAAAACCAGGUUCAAAGCCAAGUCUAAAACCAGGACCAAAACCAGGUUUGAAACCCGAUUCAAAGUCCAGCCCAAAACCAGGUUUAAAACCUGGGCCUAAACCAGGCCCAAAAACAGUUCUAAAACCAGGGCCUAAAACGGGUCCAAAACCAGGACCAAAACCUGGUCCAAAACCAACUGAAGUAGCACCCCGUGGUCGUCCCAGGGGUACGGGCUCUAAGUCGAAGUUGGCAGAACAGGAAGGUCCCAUUCAACCCAUAACAGGGGGUCCAGGAAGAGGCCAGAAGAGCUUGAGCAUCAACAGUCAGAAAGGUGAUGGGAAACAGGAAGGGAAAGCUCCAGGCAAGGACGGAAAGAACAUGGUCCUGAGAUCCAGAAAGCCCCCCCAGGAUAAGCUUCCAAAGGAAAAAGAGAAGGCGCAAUCUGAGGGAAUCCUGACUCAAACCCUGACAGGUAUAACAAAGCCCAAUGAAGUGUUACAAAAUGAGGAACGUAUGAGCAUAGAGCCAGCCAUCCCUGUCUUUCCUAACCAGACAGACACAAGUAUAACAGACACCAGUGUAACAGACUCCAGUAAACCAGACACCAGUGUAACAGACACUAGUAAACCAGACACCAGUGUAACAAACACCAGUGUAACAGACGUCAGUGUAACAGACACCAGUAAACCAGACACCAGUGUAACAGACACCAGUGUAACAGACACCAGUGUAACAGACACCAGAGUAACAGACACUAGUGUAACAGACACCAGAGUAACAGACACUAGUGUAUCAGACACCAGAGUAACAGACACUAGUGUAUCAGAUCCCAAUGUAACAGAGACCAGUGUAACAGACACCAGUGUAACAGACACCAGUGUAACAGACACCAGAGUAACAGACACUAGUGUAUCAGAUCCCAAUGUAACAGAGACCAGUGUAACAGACACCAGUGUAACAGACACCAGCGUAACAGACACCAGCAUAAAAGACAACAGUGUAACAGAUACCAGUGUAACAGACAUUAGUAUACCUGUCGCUCCACCUGAGAAACCUAAAGAACCGGCUGUAGCUGUACCUCUUGAAACUGCACCUGUACCUCCACUCAAAAGAAAACCCAGUCCUCUGCCUCUAGAGCCUCCGGUGAAGAAAAAGCGAGGUCCAAAACCAAAACCAAAACCACAACAGCUCCAGCCUAAAACUCCCCAUUCUGACCAGGCCAACCAGCCUCCAUUAGUCAAACCCAAGGAGAUGGGUGUCCGAGGGCCCAAGAGAAGGCUAAAGAGAGGCAGACACAUCAAGGCCUCUCUGAUCACUGUGCUGACCAAAGAUAACCCUCCUCCCACGAUGGCUGACGGUGAUGUGGUUAGUGAAAUGCCCAGUGUCCCUUCUCAGUGUCCCACUAAAACCAAGUACCUCCCCCCGCGCAAAGGCAGGGGUCUGAAAUACGAGGCCAUGGUUCAGAAAAUAAACUCGGGCACCGGUUCGAAGAAACACCCGCCAACACCACAGCCCGAGAGCACAGAGGCGACAGUAGAUGAAGUGACGUCAAAGCCUGUGUCGCUGCCCGUCUCGGAGGAGAGCGAGGCCCCAGUGGCGGCGGUGAGCGCCCCUGAUGUGUCACGGGAGGAGUUAGCAAGGGACGUGGGGAGCUCCACGGGGGCCCAGAACACAGAACAGGAGAGAAGGGUGCAGCAGAACACCGGGGAGGGGGUGCAGCCGGAGCCACUCCCAUCAGGGGUGCCAGACGCUGCAGCGGCGAGCGGCGCCAACAAACCCACCAGGACCAAGAGGAGGAAAUGGGCCAUGGUAGAGAGCACGGACGCCACGGUGGUCGCCAUGGAGACGGGGAGCCUGAUCAUCAACACGCCGCGGCUGGCCAAGCAGAGGGCCAUCAAGAACAACCACGAGAUGCACCUGAAACAGAGGAGGAGGAAGAGGAAAGGAGGACAGCCUUCAGAGGGGCCUGUGGCUGACGAGGAGGUAGAGACAACAACAGCAGAACAGCAGACAGAGACACCCACUGACACAGCGUUAACAACAACACCCGCUCUACCAGCCGGCCCAGGUGAGAUCACAGACAGCCCGCAGGUGAUCGCCACAGAAAUGAUCCAGCCGCCUCCCUCCAAAAGAGGGAGGAAGCCCUCUUCAUCCCCCUCCAAAAAGAGAGGGAGAGCACCAAGUGAACAGCAGAGCAGCAAACCUCUGAGGGUUCACAAAAAACCUGGUCCGAAAAAGGGAAUCAAAGACGCCAUGGAGGUGAUUGAAGCGGUGGUAAAGGCUGCAGGGAGGGAGGCCAGACUCAAGAAGAAGAAAUGGAAAAAGGAAAGCCCUGCAGUGUCAGAGGAAAAGCAGCCAGAGCCCUCUCUCAAACAGGUACUGAGUAAGACUCCUAAAAGCAGAAUCAAACACUCCUUCUGUCCAUAUGUGCGUAUGGACAGCUCCAGAGACUUCACCUCUCUCUGUACCAUCGUCAACAGGCGCGAUGAAGAGCUGAAGAUGGUGCUUCAGAAGCCCCGAAAAAAGAGCCCGGACAAAAUUAAAAACCCAGUCACAGUUGCCAAGGCGAUACCCAGCUCCUCAGCUAUGCUCCAGGGGCCCUUGGUUAACAAAACGUUAAUUGACAGGUGUCUAACGUGUUGCCUGUGUGGAAAGCCAGCAAAUUACCGUGAGCUGGGGGAUUUGUGUGGGCCCUACUUCCCAGAGGAUAGCAUCCCACGCAAAAUCCUGUCAGCAAGACAUAUAGAAACCCCGAGGGAAAACCGAGAGAAAAUAAGCUCCAACAGUAGCAUCAGGGAACCAAGCAGCAGCACCCCAACAAGCGAAGGAGACCCCAGCUUCAAAAAGGAAGUUAGUAAAAAGGUGGAUAUGGAGACAGUCACAAAGGAGGGCAGUAGUAGUAGUGGUGGGAGUCACCAUCAUCAGCCCCACCCCCACCAUUGGCGCCCCAGGAGGGCAGAGAGGGCACCGGCGGAGGGUGGAAGCACGCACCGGCCCACCCUACGGGAUCGGUUCAGGAGGAUGCAGAAGCUCCAGGGGGAGAGGAGGGCUGCGGAGGCCACAGCUGGUGGUCAGGAAGGGGGCAAUGGAGGAGGAGGCCUCCUCCAGAGACUGCAGGGGGAGGCUGAGGCUAAGGAACACUGGGCCCAUGAGAACUGUGCUAUCUGGACCAAUGGGAUCAUCAUGGUGGCAGGGAGGCUGUACGGCCUGAAAGAGGCUGUUCACACCUCCACAGAAACGAGCUGUUCCAAGUGCCAGAGAGUGGGCGCGUCCAUCAGCUGCUGCUGGAAAGGCUGCCCUCACAAAUACCACUACAUCUGCGCCAAGGAGAUAGGCUGCAUGUUCCAAGACGACAACUUUUCACUGAAAUGUCCGAAACACGAGGCUUUGUAAAAUAGAGCACUACCCAGCCCCAGUGAGCAUCACCUAUGCAGUACGACAGACAGACAGACAGACAGAUAGGACAUCCCUCCACCCAAACCUGAUGAUGAGUCAUGAUGAGACGUCAUGACGGACAGACGCAUCAGCCAAUGGGGACGGCUGGGGAUCCUCUGAGGCACCACCGAUGGCAGCAAUACAGACACAAGACAGCAGGUCCCUCAGAGCAACCCCCGUAACCCCUGGCAACGGCACUGCUUUAUCUCAGCCACCCCUGAUAACCAGACAGAGAGACAGAGAGACAGAGAGAGGGACUGCAUUGUCUGUCUGACAGACAGUCUCCUUCACGGACAGACGGACUGCGGUGUUUUGAGAGAGUCUUUCACAGCCCUGUCUGUCUGUGUCUGGAGUCUAGACACCUGGCAGCCAUGGUUACUUAGAGACCACCCCUCCAGAGAGAGAGGGGGAGAGAGAGGGGGAGAGACAGGGAGCUGUUUUAAAUUCACGCUGCACUGUUCUGCCUCCGGAACGGUCGCUAUCAUUUUUGGACACCUGGUGGAUUGCGAUUGGCCAGAAUAGGCCCCCUCCGGCUAUGCUGUCCGAGUUCCAGGUCGCGGUGUGUGUGUGACAUGGACUGUGUGUGUGUGUGCUUGUACAAGGAAGGGAACGAGCGUGUUCCAAUUCAAGAUGUCAUGCGUCAAAAGAAGCCUCCCCUCCCCUGGAUGUAUCUCAAUGUGCGCUUAAGUGUUAUAAAAAUGUACAUUGUGUGUUUUAACAGAUUCUAAAUAUGAUUCUGAUAUUGACAGAAAGAACAAAUGACUGAAUAUAACGCUCUUCUUCCGGUAUGUAUUUUGAUGUGCAUAUUACGGCUAUAGGACACCAUUGAGUCAGCGUUGGUAUCUGUCCCGCUUUGUGUUCAAUUAAACAUUUGGAUAAAAAUAAAGGCUUCCAUAUUCACACUAGCCUACUACUUUAGAAUGCAUGCCUUAUACAUUGCUCCAUUCUAAGUGGGUAGUGUGCUAAUUUGGAUAUUGGGGGGGGGUCAAAACUCUGGAGGUCACCGAGUCGAAGUUCAGACGUGUGCUCAUACAACAUGAUGUACAGUAGACGCCACAUCAUCACCAUAAAGGUUAAAGGUCAGGGCUUAGGGCCCGGCCGGCAUCAUCUCACACGUCAUGUCAUCUCAUCUCACCACAGUUCUUCAUCAAUAUCUCUGUCCAUCAUCUCCAUCACCAAAGGCUGCUGUCUCCAUAAAAAUGAACAAGUAUUCGACUCCAAUAGAUUCUUAGUCCUACACGACUUGAGUUCUCAGCACCAUAGAGCUGAAUCAACCGUACAGAGACUCAAAUAUGUCAUAAUAUGGACACCGUACAGUAACACAGUCCUCCCCAUUAAAUGGGGAACCGUGACUGUUGUACGGUGUCCGUAUUCGGACUGUUUCAGUUUUCUGACUCCACAUCAAGUGUGUCUCUCUCAUUCCUUUCUCUGUAUGUGGCACUUACAGUAGCGUAGCCUGUUCCCCUUACUGCAGCAUUCUCACACACACAGACAGCCUCUUUAGGGUGUAGUGUACAGUACUUCAGUACUACUUUAGGGUGUAGUGUACAGUACUUCAGUACUACUUUAGGAUGUAGUGUACAGUACUUUAGUACUUCAUAUCAGUGGACACAUACAGUAUUAGGGCGUACAGUACAGACAAGAGCAAAGCAUCACACCACAAACCUCUUCUUCUUCUGAUUCUUGAUUAUGAUGCUCUCAUUAUUUAAUGGUGUAUAUAAGUAUUUGACGCUGUUUAAAUGUAAGAUGUGAUGUACUAAUAUAAUUGUGUAUAGUAUUUCCUAGAGAUGUUUAUUUUCUAUAAAAUCAAUAUGUUAUUGCUUAUAAAAAUGUUAUUAAAAGAAUCCAUUCAGAAAAGAGACUUUUGGGAAUGUCACUCGUUCUAAGUUGAGCAUGCAGUGUUUUUUAUUAUUCAUGUUUUCAUUGUUUCAAUCGAUGACACUACAGCAUCAAUUUGUGUGAACUGUUUUUGUAACGCCAAAUGUCAAAUAUACCAGCACCUUUCAACGCU